CUCGACGUGACAGCCCAAAGAGCCCUAUAUUUCUUGGUCGACCUGAAACAAGCCCAUUCUCCUCGCUGAACUGCAUCUUUGGCCCUCGCCCCGUUGAUACAUAUCCCUGGAAAUGGAACGAUAGCCCCUCAAUUUCUUACGGAGUACAAAGUCCGCCACGUCCACUGUGUCGAGGAACCCCUCCUGCCGACAAUAUGGCAAUGAACAGGAUGAGAAAUGCGUUUGCGCCCCCGCGGAAGGGCGAGACAUUUGAACUCAGGGCCGGCCUGGUAUCACAAUAUGCCUACGAACGGUGAGAACAUUGUCCUCAAUCUACCCAUCCCCAUUCUGAUUCAUCCAAUUUUAGCAAGGAAGCGAUUCAGAAAACCAUCAUGGCGAUGACACUGGGCAAAGAUGUCUCCGCGCUCUUUCCCGACGUUCUGAAGAACAUCGCAACGGCAGACCUCGAUCAGAAGAAGCUGGUCUACUUGUAUCUCAUGAACUACGCCAAAUCACACCCCGACCUCUGUAUUCUCGCCGUCAAUACCUUCGUGCAGGACUCCGAAGACCCCAACCCUUUAAUUCGUGCCCUAGCCAUUCGCACAAUGGGCUGCAUAAGAGUGGACAAGAUGAUUGACUAUAUGGAAGAACCCCUACGCAAGACCUUGAGCGACGAGUCCCCUUAUGUCCGAAAGACUGCGGCGAUAUGCGUCGCGAAACUCUUCGACCUCAAUCCAGCCAUGUGCCUCGAGAACGGCUUCCUCGAAAAACUGCAGGAAAUGAUUGGCGAUCCAAAUCCAAUGGUGGUCGCCAACUCAGUACAAGCGCUGGCAGAAAUCAACGAGUCUGCGCCCGAGACGAACGCCCUCCAAAUCACACCCAAUACCCUGAAAAAACUGCUCAUGGCACUUAACGAAUGUACAGAAUGGGGUCGAGUCACCAUUCUCAGCACUCUGGCGGAUUACAAGGCACAGGAUGUCAAAGAAGCAGAACAUAUCUGUGAAAGAGUGGCCCCUCAAUUUCAACACGUCAAUUCCAGCGUCGUUGUCUCCGCUGUCAAGGCUGUUUUCCUGCAUAUGAGACAACUCCCCUCCGAUACGCAGAAAUCCUAUCUUAAAAAGAUGGCGCCACCCCUGGUAACACUCGUAUCAUCGGCACCAGAAGUCCAAUACGUGGCGCUGCGGAAUAUCGAUCUCUUGCUCCAGAAACAGCCCGACAUACUCAGCAAGGAGAUCCGAGUGUUUUUCUGCAAAUACAACGACCCUCCUUAUGUCAAGUUUCAGAAGCUUGAGAUCAUGGUGCGGAUAGCGAAUGAGGCGAAUGUGGACCAACUACUUGCGGAACUCAAAGAGUAUGCCCUGGAGGUAGACAUGGAUUUCGUACGAAGAGCGGUGAAGGCCAUUGGCCAAGUUGCAAUCAAGAUUGAAAGCGCAAGUGAACGAUGUGUCAACACACUGCUAGACUUGAUCAACACAAAGGUCAACUAUGUGGUACAAGAAGUCAUUGUGGUGAUCAAGGACAUCUUCCGGAAAUACCCUGGCUACGAAGGAAUCAUCCCCACAUUAUGCAAAUGCAUAGAUGAUUUAGACGAGCCGAACGCUAGGGGCUCGUUAAUCUGGAUCGUGGGCGAGUAUGCCGAGAAGAUAAGCAACGCUGGCGACAUUCUGGGUGGCUUUGUCGAUGGCUUUGCAGAAGAAUUCACACAGACACAGCUCCAGAUAUUGACUGCAGUGGUGAAGCUCUUCCUGAAACGACCGCAGGCUGCGCAAGGCCUGGUUCAAAAAGUCCUUCACGCGGCGACCGCCGAGUCUGACAACCCAGAUAUCCGGGAUCGUGCAUACGUCUACUGGCGCCUCCUGUCCAACACAAGCGAUCAAAAUGCGCCCAAAAAUAUUGUCCUGUCUGAGAAACCGCCUAUUACGACGACGAUCCAAUCAUUACCUCCGGCCUUGCUGGAAAGAUUACUUGCGGAAUUGUCAACGUUAGCUUCAGUAUACCACAAACCUCCCGAGCAAUUCGUGGGCCAAGGACGAUUUGGCGCUGAUGCAGUGCAACGAGCUGCGAUUGAGGAGCAAAUGCAGAAUGCAAGAGAAAAUCCCCUUGCCGCGGCUGCUGCAGCGGCGGCUGUGCAAGGCAAAGUACCCGAAGCACAGAACAACGUGGAGAAUCUACUUGAUAUUGAUUUCGACGGUGCUGCACCUGCCUCAGUAUCUGAAAAGCCAGCAAACGGUCUCUCCGGACUCGAAGGCCUUGCCGGAACCCCUCAGAGGGUUGAUUCUCCAGCAGUCGGUCAGGCGCCUGCAGCGAACAACAUGGAUGAUCUUCUUGGUGUAUUUGGCAAUGGAGCAUCUUCAACGUCAAACACUGCGGGAUUUGGUGGCAUGUCCGACAGCGACAUCAUGAAUGGCUUUGCAUCAAUGGAUUUAUCGGGGUCCCAGCCACCACCACCAAAACAACAACUUGACAAUGCUACAGGGAAGAAGACAAAUGAGGAUUUGCUAUCGCUCUUUUAAUCCGAGGUCCGUGUAGCGCGGAACUUGUGAUCAAAAGUACCAUAACCCAAACCCGUCAGCAAGCGAAUUCUAUGAUUCUGGUAUCCAUCAGAAGAUGUCACAAAGGACUUGAUUUCGUAAUGCUGGAAUGUAGUAUCCACAAUCUAUAUUUAUGCUAUGGCAAUGAUCGACAUGCCUCUCUAAAAAUAUGACAAAGGACCCUCACUGUCAUGAUUCGGACAUGAUGGUGUUUUAUGAUCUUCUUGGAAAUGAGUAAAAGUCACGCUUUCGCUUCAUUUGUGAUCAUACAAAGAGAAUAGCAGCGGCAUUGAUAGGUGUCUGUCCUCAAUACUGCGCAAAGGUAUUAAAGGUAUUAGAGAACAUUUGCCAGGUCUAAUAAAUUGACCGACAAGGUCUAUUCAGUUACGAGUUA